AUGCUCGCCGCCUUGAUAUCUUUCUCGUUCUUUUUGCUCUCAGUCCCAGUCACGGGAUCCUCCGCAUUCGAGACGAAAUGCCUGGCGUUUAAGCCGGAGAAGUUUGUCCCUGGAGCAACUCGUAAUGUCCUUCAGUAUGUCACUGCCAACACGACACUAAGCUUUCCGGACAACGUCGCAAGCUGCAAUCGCGGAACCCAGGCGGUGGCUGCCAACGUUUGCCGUGUAGCCCUAUCAAUCAAGACCUCGGGUCAUUCGAACAUCACCUUUGAGGCUUGGCUGCCCGAGGAUUGGUCAGGACGCUUCCUUGCGACCGGUAAUGGAGGUAUUGAUGGAUGUACAGUAGGCAUCAAAUACGAAGACCUUGCCUAUACAUCAUCGAAGGGCUUCGCAGCAGUCGGUUCGAAUAACGGGAAGAAUGGUACUGACGGCUUGCCCUUCUUUAAUAAUCCAGAGACUGUGAUUGACUUUGCCUGGAGAUCACUUCAUACCAGCACGGAUGCCGGUAAGUCCCUUACGAGAGAGCUAUAUGGGGAGUCGCACUCCAAGUCAUACUAUAUUGGCUGUUCUCUUGGAGGGCGACAAGGUAUCAAGAGCGCGGAGAAGUUCCCCGGCGACUUCGAUGGCAUUGUUGCUGGGGCACCAGCAGUGGACUUCAACGACCUAGUGUCAUGGCGGGCGCGUUUCUUUACCAUCACUGGUGCGGUCGGCACGUCUGAUUUCAUACCAGCCACAGCCUGGAAGACAUGGAUACACGACGAAGUCUUGAAUCAGUGUGACACGAUCGAUAAAGCCAAGGAUGGGAUAAUCGAAGAUCCGACGCUCUGCAAAUUCGACCCUUCGACCUUGCGUUGCAAUGGAACUAGUACUACCAACUGUCUGAACGAUUCGCAAGUUGAGCAACUCAAGACGAUUUUCAGCGACUACAGGUAUCCAGAUGGCACACUGAUCUAUCCGGCGAUGCAGCCAGGCAGCGAAGUCGGUGCAGUCGAUCGUCUGUAUGCCGGAGCGCCCUUCGCCUACUCUGAAGACUGGUUCAAGUACGUUGUGUACAACGACCCAUCUUGGGACGCAUCCAAGUUUGAUCUCGAGGAUACAAUAGCAGCAGACAAGCUGAACCCAGGCGAUAUUCGCACAUAUCCUACUAGCCUUCCAGGUUUUGAACGAAAAGGCGGAAAGAUCUUGACAUACCACGGCCAACAAGAUAACCAGAUUACCACUUUCAACACAAUCCGCUGGUACAACGCUCUCAAAGGGCGCAGAAGCACAGAGGCCAUGGAUAACUGGAUUCGAUUCUUCCGCAUCUCUGGCAUGAAUCACUGCAACUCGGGGCCCGGCGCGUGGGUGUUGGGUCAAGGUGGCAAUGCUGCAGCAGCUGGUGUACCAUUUGAGCGAGAGACCAACGUCCUCAAAGCGGUGGUGGACUGGGUCGAGCAAGGCGUGGCACCAUCAUACAUCGAGGGCACUAAGUUCGUCAACGAUACCGUAUCUCUUGGUGUCGAUUUCACGAGGAGGCACUGCAAGUAUCCGCUCCGCAACACGCUUGUCGGCGCGGACUUCAAGAACCCGGAUAAUUGGGAGUGCAAGUAG